GCGCACGCACACAAACGCAACGUCACGCAGAAACAGAGAGUGAGAGAGAGAGAGAGAGAGAGCUGAUAGCCGUGGUAAUAAACAAUGAACGCCUGGGCUGCAGAUUUCAAAACAUUCAAGCGCCGCGAAGGCGAUGCAAGAGGAGCGCAUAGAGUGUGUUGUUUACGUGCGGUGCAGACGUGCAGCAUCGCUUCACGACAGUAGCAGCAGCCGCGGUAGAGUGUCGAUCGAUCCUCACGCCAUCGUUAGAACGCGAUCGUGAAGUGCGAGCGUUACAGUUCACGUUCAAGUGGAUUCGGUAGCUGUGUACAAAAAUAAAGCAACCACACGCAGCGUCAAUUGGGACAAGAUGCGACGAGAUUGUUGCUGAUGUAUGGAAGAGGAAGAAGAAGAAGAAGCAGAAGGAAUGGUGAAAUGAUGUCGUGGUGCGUUGUGCGCUGCAUCGGUGUCCGCCAGCUUAGCUAUUUCGCGUGUGAAUGAUAGAUGGCUCCGUCGUUCGUUCCAGCGGCCGUGCAACACCGUCAGAUCCUGCUGUGCUUUGUAGCGUUUGUCCGCGGUGUUUACGGUGGCCAUUCUGUGUGAGAAGUGAAGUUCCGAUGUGGCCUCUGCCGUUGAUGUGGCAUGUCCUUCCCCGUACAACAAUGUACAAUUUAGCGAAUUUGUAGCAAAACGCGGAAUAGAUGAUAGUUCACGGAUAGCUCAAUUUUGUAGCCAAUUUUUUUAUGUUUAUUAGUGCGUUUGUAUGUGUGUGUGCGUGUGCUUAUCAAUGUUCAGUGUGCAGUGUAAUUGUAAUUUGCUAGCGUAUAAUCGUUCCUGCGGUACGAAAAAGUAAUAAGUAGGAUAAGAAGUACGCACAACAAUCAAGGAGGAAGGAAGUUGUUUUUAUAAGAACAACCGCGUUUCCCAUUUAUCUUAAAGCAAUUGGUGGCAAUAAACACAAAGCAAUAAUACAAGAUGAACGAUCUCACCUGCCUGAAGUCCCUCCGGACGGUGCUGCGGGACCUGGACGUGUACGACGUGCUGCAAGAUUUCAUACACCACCGUGUGUUCAACAGCGAGGAAUGCAUUGAGAUUACGAACGAACCGGACGAAACAUUUAGACUGGAUCUGAUGUUUAUGACGCUAGAGGUGAAGCAGCAGAGCGACCCGCAGAUAGUGUCCCGCUUUAUGGACGCGCUGCGCAACUACUACGACUGGAUUGUGGACAAGUGGGAACUGUAUCGGAACACGGUGACGAAAGAGUACAACCAGUAUCUGUCGUACCGGAAUGAGUCAUUCAUGCCGUCGCAGGCUUCGAUCAGUGUGUACAGGAAGAACAUCCGAUGGACCAUACACAAGCACCUGAUGUCACUGCGCCACGGUGCAUCGGAACAUCGGUAUCUGUUCAUCUACGGUAAAAUUGGAACCGGCAAGCAGACGCUCGUCUGCCAGGCCUGUGAAGAUCUGACGGUUGUGAUGCGCAUGAACUACAAAAUCUUCUACCUCGAUCUGGCGUACUGCAACACCAAGGAGGCAACGCUGGAGAUGUUGGAAAAGUUGCGCGUGCAGCUGGGUGAUGCCGUGAAGCAGGAGGAGCGCAGCAACAACUACAGCUAUCCUUCGAACAAAAUCGACUACUGGAAGCGCACCUUUACGCAGGCGUUCGAGAAGGAACUGUCGGAAAGUUUGCUAGUGCUGGCGCACGUGCGCAGUGCCGAACUGAUCAAGGAUUUCGAUUUCAAGUGCAAAACCGUUGUGAUCACCAGCAACAAGGAUGUGGUGCACGAGGUGAGCGAAUCGGAACGGUUCGUCGUGGAACUGCCGCAAGGUUUUACGGAGGAGGAAGGGCUGGAGCUGUUUGCGCGAGCACUCAAGAAGAAAAACACCAUGCUACCACCGGAAGCGACGGAGCUGUGCCGUGCCUGUCAGGGUAACCCAUUUCUCAUCAACCUGAUCGCACUGCGGAUGAGCGAAGAGUGCAAGAACGAGGUGCCAAUCAACUGGAAGCAACACAUUGACAAUCUGCAGAAUUUCAGCAUCGGCAAGUCGGAGCGUGUUUCGAGGACGAUCGCUUCUACGCUGGAGCAGUUCAGCGAGGAGGAGCAGCAGUGCUUUCACGAUUUGGUGAUCUUCCGGGACAACGUGCCACUGUCGCCUCGUGUGCUGGAGAUGUACUGGGGAAAGGAUAAGGAGACGACCGAAUGUUUCCUGUCGAAGUUGGAACGGCGAGGACUGCUGGAGAAGCGGGUCUGUAAGAAUAAGAUGUUUUAUAUGAUGCAAUACAUUUGCUAUAACGAUAUCAUGCAUCCACCGGGCUCUGAUAUGACCAAACUUCAUCGUCGUCUGCUAAAAAACUAUAGCAUUCGUGAGAAUCUCACUAACCGUCGGGAGCUAGAACUGAGCAACGAGUUCCCGAACGAUGACUACUUCCACUUCUACAUCGGGUACCACAUAGAUAAGGCCGGGGAGCACGAUCUGUUUCCCGAGCUGUACCAGGACUUUGGCUUUCUGGAGCAAAAGUUGCGCAUCGCCGGGCUCGCCAAUACGGUGGGCGAUCUGCGCAAAUAUCAGGACAAAAUUUUCCCCUCCGUCGAGGACAAAGAGUCGAUCAUUGAUACGCUGAUCGAUUUCUUGAUGGUGGCGGAAUGUUUGCUGUCGGAGGAUUCACGCCUGCUGCAGAGGGCAUUAAACUUUCCCGGCGAAAUCGGGGACAUGGCGAAGGUGCAGGUGGAAAAGUUUAAGAACCGGCUGUGGUUCUGUGAUGUAUCUCACGGAUUUGAAUCAUCCGUCAUCAAGCUUUGCCAUCGUCCGGACAAGGUACGCCUGCAAGAUUCGAGCCACGUGUUUGUUUCGCUAGCCAACAACGAUAUCCAGCUGUGGAACCUGUCCGUCGAGUACGACGUUCCACCAAUGACGUUCAAGGGCUGUCACGGCGAUCAGGUGAAAGAUAUGCAGAAAACGGACCAAUUCCUGGUGGCGCUCAAUUGGCGCGGGCUGAUAAAGGUGUGGUCCACGAAGAAUCCACCCGAUCGUCCCGACUAUCGGAUGCGCGAUGCGACACCGCGCGAAGCCGAAAUGACACUGUCGAUAAAGGGUGGCUUCAGCUGUUUCUGUGUGCUGAAGCAGAACAAGCACACGGAACUGAUCGCGAUCAGUCAGUCGGGGUUGCUGUGCGUGUACAAGGUGUACACAACCGUGUUCCGGACGGAAAAGCCCGACAUUAAGCAUCAGACGGAUAUACAGAAUGCGUACAUCUUGCUGCCGCUGAGAGAUUUCCACUCGCCGGAUGGUGGUAGCGCGAUCAGACGCUGUCUGUUUCUGGUCGAGGUGGGCGAUGUUCCGAUGGGGAUCGUCUUCAACAUGAUGUCUACGAGCAUUGAGUCGAGAUUUGUGGAGCCGGAGGUAGCACUGAACGUGCACCAGCUGCCGGAAGGAUAUCUGUUCGUAAACGCUACGCAGGUGCGUUUGAGGCCGCUUCGGCCGUACGGGUUGGAUGAGGCAAGAGUUGUGUACGAAGGAAGGAACAGCGUUAACACGUGCAGUGUGGUGACGGAGGACAAGCGGUUCGUGGUGCUCGGUACACAGCGUGGCAUUUCGAUCAUCAACAUCAGCGAGGGUGUUGAGGUACGGCGCAUGAACAACAGCCACUCGAUCGUCGAUCUGGAUGUGCUGAUGAUGGAGGAGAGCAUGUCGCAUGUGCUGCUGGCGUCCAUCUCGAAGGAUGGUGAAAAUGCGAUGAAUCUUUACAGCUUGUCGCUCGACACCACUAAUCAGUAUCAGCUGGAAGGUGCUACCGUGUUUCUCGCCAGCCUGGAGGAUGAACCAGUGCUGCUGAACACCGUCGAUCGACACUGUCGGCUGCAGCAGACCCUACUGCAUGACAACGAUUGGGGCGUUUCGCACGAAAAAACGUUCACCAACGAACAGAUUGAUGCACCGGUGCUGUGCCUUAUCGAAACUCCUUCCUCGUACUACUUUGGACUUGAAAAUGGAAAGCUGCUGAAGCUGUCCGAAUGGCGCAGCAACGGCAAGAUGGUGAAUGUGGUCAAUCUCGGCACCGAGGUCAGCUAUCUGGACCAUUUCCGACGCACCACCGAGCUGGGAAGUGUGGACGUUUUGGUGAUAGCAGGCAAAAAUAUCUGCAAAGUGUACGUUAACGAAGGCGAAGAGUUCGAACUGAGCGAUACGAUACGGAAGUGUUACUUGCUUUACGAUCGCUUCCUGCUGCUGAUCGGUGAUCGGUGCUCGAUUCAGAUUUACGAUUUGGAAAACAAAUCGCUGGAGCUAGUACAAAAGGAGAUGGAACGUGCGUACGGUGCCUCGGCCUACCAGCAGCUGCCCCGUUCGGCACUGAUAUUGUGCACGGCCGAUGGGAUCGUUUACCACCUGGGAUUGCACCAGGCAGCAAUCGAAACGUUCGAUUUGGCACCGUUCGACGAGCUGCUGACCGUGAAACCGGUACAAGCCAAACUCGCCCCGCCCGUCAGCACUACCAACGUGAUAUGCAGCUGUGCCUUAUCGGCGGACGGAGAGUUCCUGGCGGUCGGGUGUCACGACGGUCGCAUCAUUCUUCACCAGAUGGAUCUCAGCCGGCAGCUGGGUGUAUUGGAAUCGCAUCAGUUCCCGGUGGCGGAGUUGUACUUUAGCAGCUGGAGUGAACCCGGCGCCCCCCACAUCCUGGUCAGCGUUGGCGAGCAGAUCGUGUUCUGGAGCGUAGACUAUCUGUACAACAAUCAACCGCGCAAGAGCGUCUCGAGCAUACGGCUCUCGGGGCGCUUCACCACACGCAAAACGACCGUGGCCGAUUCAAUGUACUCGGCGAACGAUAAUCGACGCUCGUACGGGAGCAAUCAUUCGGGCUUUUCGACACCGAUCAUGGGCAGUCCGGUGCAGAAAAGUUUCCUCGGCGAUCGGUUUGAAGAGUCGGCCCACUGGUUCGAUAAGCGUGGUUCGUCCGGCAAACCGCAUCUGCUGUCGUGCAUUAAGCUGAUCGGACGGGCCAAGCGGUUGAUAAUGAACAGGGAGUUUAACAAAUUUCUUACCUUGGACGAUGAGGGUUACGUUCACUAUUUAAGGUUUUAUCGUCCCUCGUCGAACCAGCUGCUGUUCCCACCUCCACCGACGUUCGCAAUGCGACCGUCGAUCGUAACGUCGGCGGUUACAACGAUGAUGAACGGUAGCAGUGGUAGCAACGCCGUCCAUUUCAUAUGACGGUUUUUAGCAAACGAACGAAACCUGCGGGUUAGCUGCUGUUACAUCCUACUGUACAUUCUGUACACUGCCUUUUUACGGUAAAUAAGAACCAGUAACUGUACUGUACGAUUUAUGCUCGAGACGACACUAAACCGCGUACCGUGGUUUUGUUCGUUUGCUAGUGCGUAAGCGCAUGUGUUCAUGCGUUCUGUUGUGUGUGUGAGUGUCAUGGCUGCUACUAAUGAUGGGCGCUUGGGAGCUGGCUCCGACCCUACCGCUCCGGAUCCGACUCCGACUUCGGUACCGUCGGUACCUCACCGACGGCUCCGACUUCGGAGCCCUUCGACAGCUUCGUGGCUGACUGCAAACUAAAGCUUUCGGAGACAGUUACGAACAUAGCUUUUCCUUUGUACGCCGGUUCUGGAGGCUUUAGUGCGUUUCUGGCUCCAGAGUCGAGGUGGAGCCGGCUCCGGAGCCGUUGAAGUGGAUCCAGCUGCGUACCGGUCGGAAUGCAGUCGGCUCAACUUUUUACUGGAGCCGGUUAGAGCCAGCUCCGGUACCGGUGCCGAUUUUCCCAUCACUAGUUGCCACUACUAGCGUCCCACAAUAUCCAUCCCUCCUUACCUAGCUGUGCCAAAAGAGUGCGUGUGGAAGUUUUUUUUUUUGGUUUUGGCUUUCCAGUCUUUCAUAGCCAUUUAAGCAUAGAAUCAACCAAACGUACGCGUUAGCGGAAGAUCGUUCAGUAGUGUGUGAUAAUAAGGACGAGAUCGAAUACUACUACUAUCGGAUAUCUCGAGGAACGGUUUUGUGAGAACAAUUCUUAACUUAAGUAAUCUAAUUUAGUAUAGCAAUAGCAAUAACACUCGAGACAAUGCUUGACUGAGUCGGUUUGGAAACAGUAUAGCAGAAACGUAGACUCAAGCUACUCCAAAUGCAUUUUUUGCAGAUUGUACAGAUUUUAGCCUAAUCGAAUCGCUCAACCGAGGGUGUUUCCUAGUAGGUGCACGGAUGCAUGCAGGCUACGGAAUGUCUGCCGAAGAGUGUGCGUGUUUUUUUAACGAUAGUAGAUAAAAUAGUUUACGAGUUUUAUUACAUUCCGUAGAUGUAAGAAUGAGUUUAUGGAACAAUUUUUUUUACCUAAAUACCGAAACCCGAACUAUCGAAUAAAACUUUAGAAGGUUGACUAUAAA